GCCAGCUGCUGCUGCUGCUGCUGCUGCUGGGAGUCAGUGUCUCACACAGCGGAGAUGGACAGAAUGUCUCUGGCUGCUUAUUGUGGGAUGUGCUGCAGAAAGAUAGGAACAUUGGGUUCAGCCCAGAAAAGCGAGCACUCAUGGAAAGAUAUCAGGAAAAUUGCAAAAUUAACUGGCUCACUUAUUCUUGGUGGUUGUGUGUUUGCUGCAUAUGAAAUUCUGGCUUUAAGGAAAUCACUUUCUUUUGAUACUCAAGUGGUACAGCAAGAAAAAUUGAAAUCCUACAUUUAUUUACAAACAGCUUCUUUAGAUCCAAAUGGAUAUCAAGGAAUUACUUACCAAGUGAGAAAGGAACUUCACAGAGCAGCAAGGAAAAUUCUAGAAACAACUGCUAGAAUUUUUCGAAGACCAUUUCAUGGUGAAGAACGCUUCAGUACAUUUGAUGCAGAAGAGCAUGAGAGUGCCUUGUGGUUGCUUGUGAAAAGAAGCCAAUCAGAAGAUAAAAAGGUCCGAUUGCAAGCUGUACAGGAAUUGGCCUCCAGUCGUUACUGGCGUGAUUAUCAAUACAGAACAGCUGCCCAAGCCAUCGACCACAGAACUGCUAUCGGUUUAGCACGAAGUAAAGAUGUUGACCUACGAUUUUUUCUGCCACCUGUUCUUUUACCAAAACCAAAAGAUCCUUCUUGUUUGGAAGAUGAACUUCGUCUAUUGCUGGCAGCUUUACCUCAGGCAGACCUUGACCAAUGUGUACAAUAUUUUACUUCUUUGGCUUUGAGAGAAAGUAGUCAGACAAUUGCUGCACAAAAGGGCGGGUUAUGGUGCUUUGGUGGCAAUGGGCUUCCUUACUGUGAAAGUCUCAGUACUGUUCCUGCAAUGACAGUGGAACUCUUCUGCUUGCAAGCUUUGGUACAACAUUCCAAGGUUCCUAGUCAUUGUAAUGGAAUUGAAUCAAACAAAGGGCUUCAGCUGCUGCAGAAGCUAUACCAUCUUCGUCGAGAUUCCCCUAAAAUACAAAGGAAUAUCAUUCACAUAAUUGGAAAUAUGGCACUGGAUGAACGACUUCACUCAUCUAUAUCUCGUGCAGGUUGGAUAUCUGUACUUGCUGAUAUGGUGAAGUCCCCACGUGCCAUGGAAUCUUCUCAUGCAGCACGAGCCUUGGCCAAUCUAGACCGGGAAACAGUGCAGGAGAAGUAUCCAGAUGGAAUAUAUCUUUUACACCCACAAUAUCGAACCAAUGAGCCCAUUAAAGCUGAUGUCCUUUUUGUUCAUGGCCUUUUGGGAGCAGCCUUUAAAACAUGGAGGCAACAGGAUGUUGAACAGUCUGCAACUGAAAAGGAGGUGGAUAUGGAAGAUGAUUAUAGUGAAUGCUGGCCAAAGACAUGGUUAGCAUCUGACUGCCCAUCACUUAGAAUUAUAUCUGUGGAAUAUGACACCCACCUGAGUGACUGGAAAGCGAAAUGUCCUGUGGAGAGCUACAGAGAGUCUCUGGCCUACAGAAGUACUGACCUUCUCAAGAAACUGAGAACUGCUGGCAUUGGAGACAGACCACUCGUCUGGCUAUCGCACAGCAUGGGAGGUCUUCUAGUCAAGAAGAUGCUGUUGGAUGCGUCCCUGGACCCUGGACUGAAUUCCAUUGUAAACAAUACUCGAGGGAUUGUAUUUUAUAGUGUUCCCCAUCAUGGCUCCCGCUUGGCAGAAUACUCAAUAAAUGCUAGAUUUCUGCUCUUUCCUUCUGUGGAGGUUAAAGAACUCAGCCAAGAUUCUCCUGCCCUCAAAGCAUUGAAUGAUGACUUUCUGUCAUUCGUCAAGGAUAAGAGUCUUCCUGUAUUGAGUUUUGCAGAAAUGCUGCCAACGCGAGUUGGUAGAAUGCUGAGCCUGCAUGUUGUACCGGUAGAAUCUUCAGAUUUAGGCAUAGGAGAACUCAUCCCAGUAGAAGUUAGCCACUUGAAUAUUUGCAAACCGAAGAACAAGGACUCUUUCCUCUACCAACACACAUUAAAGUUUAUUCAAAAGACUUUAGCAAGGGAGCUGGGCAAACAGUAACUGCAUAACUUUGCUUAUUUGUAUUAGGUAUUUGCUUCAAUUCUGAAAAACUCUUUUUCUGAUUAUGUCGGUAGCAUGCUGGAGCAGCAGCAUAUGUUUUUAUCAUUGUCCUGCUGAAUUUUUAAAAACGUUUCCUAAUAGGAGACGUCUGGCAUUUACUGAAGGUAUAAAUACAGUGCACCCGCAUUAUACAUGGCUUUGAGCGUAUGCACUCAAGCCGCGGGGAGCAUGUGGGGUGCAAGGGGCACCGCAUCCCAUUCAGAUGAAUGGGUUGUGUGCCUGUGGUGCCCCACGCGCUCCUGUGCUGCUGUGCACACGAGCCCCAUUCAAAUGAAUGGGGCUCCAGCAUAGGCGGAAUUCGCCUUAUGUGGGGGGGGGGGGGGCGGAACGGAUCCCCUGCAUAAGGUGAGUUUCCACUGUAUGCAUGGAUGCUGGUGCCAUACAUCUCAAAAAGAAAAUCCAUUACUUUUUUUCUUUGUAUGUAUAUUCCUGUGUGUUGUGUAUGCUUUCCUGGAAUGAUAUAACAUGGGAAAAGUCUUUUUUGGUGCUUAAUAUGGAAGCUCCCUUUGGGGGCCUUGACUAUCCUCUAGGAAACAUACAAAUUUUUCCUUUUACAAUCCUCUUUCCCUUAUGAGGCCUCCCUGCUCACUAUUGAAAAGCCAGGUGUGCAAAACACUCAUGUUAUGUUUGUCCUGUUAUCAUUUUAGCCAGCUGUAUAUACUGGUCAGGAGUGGGGAUGGGUGAGUGUAAGCUGAUACUUCCUGGGUAUGUGUGCUGUAGGCAGUAAAUGCACUGAAAUAUCUGUUCUACCACAGAAAGGUAAAAUCUAUAACCAUCCAUGCUUCUGCACUGCAAAUGUCAGGUUGUCAUAAUACAUACUGCAAUGAUAAAUGAAGAAUUGGUAUUUGCUGAAAUGGGAGGGAGUUGUAUAGUUACAGCUGAACCUGCAACCCUAGACUAUACUCUUUGUAUUUAUUUGCAAAAGAAAAAAGUGGUGGUGGCGAUCCAGUGUAUAGUGUGAAGGGGAAAAAAUGCAAUAUUGUUUUAUUUUGCAUAAAAGUCUGCAUUAAUUAAGAAGCCAUAGAACUCUUCCUUUGAUUGAUCCUCAGUGACAUAAUUCAGACAUUAUACUAAACUGUGGGAUGCUCCAGAUAAUCAGGAAAAGCAUGCUAAAGACUGACUGUACUCCAUUUGCUUAACACUCCCAUCUUGAGCUGCAAUGCUUUCUAUGUGAAGCAACAGCAAGUAUAACGGUGAGCCAUCAAUUAGGAAUCAUGACAAAUCAUGAUACAAACCAUAAUUAGCACUGAUCAUUAUCACCGAUUCGCCAAUUCCUCAUAAUAGCAAACCAUGAUUUGGGCACUGCAGCAAGCUUUGGUAAAAAAUUAUCUUCACAAUGGCUUGGAUGAGACUUGCAUUGAACCACUCUCCAUAUGUCAAAAAUAUGCCUUUUAUUGUUAAAAAAGAAAUGGUUGUUAGUAACAACUUACUGUUUUGUCCUUUAUAGAAAUUGUUUGUAACUGUUGGAGCUGUUGAAAGCAUGCAUUUCUUCCCUUGUUAAUAUGUAGUAUGCAAUUUAUAUUUUAAUACUAUUUGUCCAAUAACAAACCGGUUAUAUAUAAUUUUAAAAUAAAGCCAGAAAAACUUAAUCUUCAAGAAGCUACAAAAAUGAACCGUACUUCUUAGACUUAAAAAGAAACAUAUUUGAUCUUUUGCAAUUUAUUUAUGCACCAAAAGGCAGAGCUGGGGAAGUUACAUGUAAUUUAUAACUUUUUGUAGUAACAAGCUGGAGCAGUAUUUUUCCCCGUAAUGGCUAGAAGUGAUUGACUACUCGGGGGGGAGGGAUUGAGUUGGGUUUUUAAAUAAAAUAAAAUAAAAUGUCAGCCUA